AUGAAGCUGGCUGGCCUGUGCCUUGUGGCGCACGCCGCCUUCUUUGACAUCUGUCAUGCCUUCUCCUCCUCCGCCCAGACCCCAGGGUCGCUGAAAUUAGGCCUCGCGCGGUCCCAAGACAAUCAGCCGCUAUUGAGAAGCCGACAUACUAAGACCGACCAUUCGGUACUGAGCAAGAUAAAGAACGCGGAAGCGAAUUAUUUGAUUAACUUGACAGUCGGCACGCCGCCGCAGGCCUUGACGCUGUCGCUCGAUACGGGGAGCUCUGAUCUCUGGCUGCCUGGAGUCUACUCGGCUGCGUGCCAACAGGGAAACUGCACGAAUGGAGAAUAUAACAUGUCUGCAUCGUGCACAGCCGAGAUGUUUUUGGAGGACGAGUUUCUCGUGAAGUAUGUGGAUUCGACUCAAGCAAGUGGAAGUUAUAUUAACGACACUGUCCGAAUUGGAGAGGCGAUUAUAGAAAACGCCACGGUCGGUUAUGCGAGUAUUCUUACCGGCGUGAACACUGGCAUAAUGGGUAUUGGGUAUCCAUGGAUCGAGGGCACCACCGAGCGUGUGUACUAUGACAACCUUCCUCAACGGCUCGUUGACGACGGGAUCAUAAACACUAUGGCAUAUAGUCUUUGGUUGGAUGACCUUGAUGCGUCCAGUGGCUCGAUCCUGUUUGGCGCCAUAGAUCGGUCCAAGUACGUCGGCGACUUGACAAUUGUGGACUUCUGGCCCGAGACUGGUUACGACAUCAUCUUCAGGUUCCUCGUCAUGCUGUCGGGUGUCACUGCUGUCAGUGACUCUGGAUCUGACGCCCUGGGCUCCUCAUCUUUCCCCUUUACUGCCCUGCUGGACUCCGGCACCAGUGGUACCUUCCUGCCAGACGAUCUCGCCCUCGAGAUCCUGGAGGAGGUCGGCGGGACUUACUAUGAAGCUGAUGGUACGACAUGGGUCCCUUGCGACCUGGUCAACAGCACGGGUUAUUACUCCUUUGAGUUCGGCGGUGGGCCAGCCAGGGUCAACGUUUCGAUGUCUGAUCUCGUAUUUCUCGACUUACGUGCCGAGAUGGACAACACGCUCUGUGAGUUCGGGAUCGUCCCCAUGGGCAACGUCUCCACGUCUGUCAUCCUAGGCGACACCUUUCUCCGGUCUGCCUACGUCGUCUAUGACCUGGCCAACAACCAGGCCGCCAUCGCCCAGACCAACUUCCACGCAAAGCCCGAGCAUUCGGACAUUGUCACCUUUGCAAGUCUUAGUGCUACCGUACCAUGCGCCACUCUGGCGCCAGGCCAUGGGAACAGCACUGGGGCGAAAGGCGCCGUGACAACCACGUUGGCGUCCUUCUCGGCGGCGGCGGGCUUCUCCGAUGUCCCAACCGCUUCUGCUUAUUCUGUUGCCUCCUCCUCGGGCUCGUCCUCGGACCACAAGAAGUCCGUGAGAAUCGUUGGGGCUGCGGUAGGUGGGGCUGCCGCGGGCGUUCUCUUGCUCGGUAGCGGUGCGUAUGUGUGGAGGACAGUGGCUGCCAAGAAGAAGAAGAGGUAUGCCCAGGUCGAUGCCACUCCUGCGGGAGCGGAUGCUGGCCAUGUGGACGAGGCCAAGGUCCUUCUUGUGCCGACGGAGGUCGGGUAUAAACGGCUGGAUCAAGUCCAGACAGCUUAUAAGGAUGACAAGGGGGCAUGA